UGUUCCACCCAGCAAGUGACCCCCAAAAGUUUGGGGUCCUCCAACACUGGGUCCCCCAAUAUUUUAGGGUUCCCCCAAGUUUUUGAGGUCUCAUUAGGACCCCAAAUAUUUUUGGGGUCCCCUCAAGGAUUUUGGGUUGUCCCCAGGGCUGAAGGACCUUGAGGUUCCUCCAACGUAGACCCAGUGUGGGAACCCCAAAAGUUUGGGGUCCUCCAACAUUGGGUCCCCCAAUAUUUUAGGGUUCCCCUGAGUCCUCAGAGUCCCACUGGGACCCCAAAUAUUUUCGGGGUCCCCUCAAGAGUUUUGUGAUCUCCCCAACGUUGAAGGUCCCUCCACAGAACCACCAAAAGCUCCCCGCUCCCCUCUGAGCCCCCCCAGGACCCCCGGGGUACCCCCCAAAACCCCCAGGCUGCCCUCGGUGCCCUCGGCCCCGCCCGUGCCCCGUCCCGGGGGCUCCGCGGGCAUGGGGGAGCCGCGGGGCUGCUGCGAGCGCGUGGCCAUCAACGUGGCCGGCCGGCGCUUCGAGACCUUGGUGCGGACGCUGCGGCGCUUCCCCGACACCCUCCUGGGGGACCCCCGGCGCCGGCGCCGCUUCUUCGACCCCCAGCGCCGCGAGUACUUCUUCGACCGCCACCGCGGCGCCUUCGGGGCCGUGCUCUACUACUACCAGUCCGGGGGGCGGCUGCGCAGACCCCCCGACGUCCCCCUGGACGUCUUCUUGGAGGAGAUGAGGUUCUACCAGCUCGGGGAGGAAGCGGAGGAGCGGCUGCGCGAGGCCGAAGGUUUCACGGUGGAGGAGCCGCCGGCGUUGCCGCGCGGGGGUUUGAGGCGCCGGGCGUGGUUGUUGUGCGAGCACCCCGAGAGCUCGCCCGCCGCCCGCGUGGUGGCCCUGCUGUCCGUCUUGGUCAUCCUGGUGUCCAUCGUGGUGUUCUGCCUGGAGACGCUGCCGCAGUUCCGGCCCGGAGAGGAGGGAGAGGUAGGGAGCGGUGGUGGGGGUGGUCCCCCCUCGCCCCCCCCCACCAACACCACCACCCCCACCGCGCCCCCUCCCCACCGCUCGGGCCUGACCGACCCCUUCUUCCUGGUGGAGACCGUCUGCAUCUGCUGGUUCUCCCUGGAGCUGCUGGUGCGGCUGGUGGCCAGCCCCAGCAAGGCGGCCUUCUUCCGCAGCGCCAUGAACCUCAUCGACCUGGCGGCCAUCGCUCCCUACUUCAUCGCGCUGGGCACGGAGCUGGCGCAGCAGCGCGGCAUCGGCCAGCCCGCCAUGUCGCUGGCCGUCCUGCGCGUCAUCCGCCUGGUGCGCGUCUUCCGCGUCUUCAAACUGUCGCGCCACUCCACGGGGCUGCAGAUCCUGGGCCAGACGCUGAAGGCCAGCAUGAGGGAGCUGGGCCUGCUCAUCUUCUUCCUCCUCAUCGGCGUGGUGCUCUUCUCCAGCGCCGUCUACUUCGCCGAGGCCGAGGACGCGGCCACGGCCUUCACGUCCAUCCCUCAGGCCUUCUGGUGGGCGGUGGUCACCAUGACCACGGUGGGCUACGGGGACAUGGCGCCGGUGACGGUGGGCGGGAAGCUGGUGGGCUCGCUGUGCGCCAUCGCCGGCGUCCUCACCAUCUCCCUGCCCGUGCCCGUCAUCGUCUCCAACUUCUCCUACUUCUACCGGCGGGAGCUGCGCGGCGAGGAGCCCGGCGGCGCCGCGCCCGCCGCGCCCUGCCCGCACCACCCCGAGAGCCCCGGGGAAACCGAGGCCAAGGCGGGCGGGGGGCGCGGGGAGGGCUGGGGGGUGGACGGGGAGGCGGGAGGGGAGAAGGCGUGGGGAGGGGGGAGGUUGGUGACCGAGGUGUGA